UUUCGGUUUUGCAUAGCAACCUUUCCAAACACGCCGGAAACAUCGUUAUCGGCAUCAUUCAUUUCUCUCGGUAAACAAUAACAAAGAUGGACCAGACUAAGAGACCGCUCCUGAUUCCUCCUGCUUUUGCCACAUAUGCAGAAGAACAUGGUGUUUUUGAUAUGUAUAAGAGACUUCUGGAGCAGUUGAUCAUCCAUCGUCCCACGGACCCAAUUGCAUUCCUGAUAGAAAACCUCAAUCGAGACAACAAUGAUGUUCCACAGAUCAUUGUCUUGGGCCCACCAGCCUCAGGGAAGAGGUCUAUUGCUAAACUUGUCUGUAGCAAGCUACGGACGACCCACAUCACAAUGGAGAACCUCAUCCAUGAUGCAGAUUUGGACAUCAGAGAACAGGCAAAGGAGUUCAUUUCAAAACGACAGGCUGUCCCCACUGAGUUGUGGGUGAAGAUUGUCCAGGAGAGGAUGAAGUUGUUUGACUGUGUGAAGAAGGGCUGGGUGAUGGAGGGCUUCCCCCAGACCAGGGAGCAGGCCCAGGCUCUACAGGAGAUCGGGGUCUACCCCAAACAUUGCGUGGUUCUUGACUCUCCAGACACCGUCCUUAUAGAGAGAGCAGCUGGGAAGAGAGUGGACACCAAAACAGGAGAUGUUUACCACACAACCUUUGACUGGCCGACCAACAGCGAUGUCCAGUCUCGCCUGGAGGUAGCGCCAGGAUAUACGGAGGAGGCGAUGGUGGACAAGCUGGUCAUGUACCACCGCCACAUCGACGGCAUCCUCCGCUGCUAUGGUGACACGCUCAAGACAAUCAACGCUGACCAACCUAAAGCCGACGUCUUUGCUCAAGCGUUCACGUUCCUGUCCAGCCAGCCCAGGACCAAUGCUCCACACACCCCACGCAUCAUCAUGCUGGGUCCUACCGGGAGUGGGAAGGGAGUUCAGGCUGCCCUGCUGGCCAACAAGUACAACGUUGUCAAUGUGUGCUGUGGUCAGCUGAUCAAACAGGCUAUUGCUGAUGAAACUAAAGCCGGCAUGGCUGCCAAAGCUUAUGUGGAAAAAGGCAUCAUGGUGCCUGACAACCUGGUGAUGAACAUCCUGGAGGUGCGUCUGUCCCAGCUGGACUGUGUGACGAGGGGGUGGGUGCUGCACGGAUACCCUCAAACCAGGGAGCAGGCCGAGCAGCUGGCUAAAGCUGGAUUCAAACCUUACAGACAAUUCUUCUUGGAUGUCCCCAAUGACUCUGUACUUGAGAGGCUGACCCUCCGCGCCACAGACCCCAUCACAGGGGAACGCUACCACAUGCUCUACAACCCCCCACGCACACCCGAAGUCAAAGAGAGGCUCCAGCGCUUCCCGAAAGACAGUCAAGAAGAAGUGCGAAAGAGGCUUGCUCAGUACCAUGCAUAUGUUGAGGAAAUUGCAGACUUUUAUUUGGAUGGCCAACAUGUGAACGCUGAUCAGGAUCCACAUACUGUGUUUGAGUGUUUGGAGAGUAUGAUCGUCAAUCCAUUGCCCAAACGUUUCAAUUGAGUUCACAGGUCCUAACAGUAUUAUUUGUUGGUUGAUAUUUAAUGUUAUAUAAGGCCUUGAAAAAUGUUUCUUAUCAUAUUGCUUCAUCUAAAACAUCCUGUGAAGACAGAGGGUAUUUUGAUGGGUUUUUAAAAAAAAAACCACAACUGCUGUAAAAAGUAGUUGGAUGAAAGUCAAGGUUUUCCCAAUUUUAACAGAGUUGUCUUUCCUUACCAUGCUCAAAACUAAAUGACCCCCAAGUUUUAGGCCCAGUGGAAAAAAUAUCCCUGGCACUCUGACCCAUUUAGAAUAAAGUUGUUUUAAAUGAACAUUACUUUUUUCAUGGCCUUACAUUUGUUAUCAGAUCCGUCCUGUGAUAUGUAAUAUGUGAUUUAUGGUUGUGAUAGUUACGGAGGGUUAAUGGUUGAUGUAAUUAAUGGUGAUAUCUUCUAAUAGUAACAGGAUUUAAUUUUGAGGUCAGAAUAUUGCCAUGCCGGUCUUUACUUCUUUGAUUGCUGUACAAAAUGGAUACGGUACCGAUACAGCUGAUGACAGAAAUAUGCCUCCAUUUUCAUAUCGCUGAUGAUCUUCACAAAACACAUACCGUAAUAACAAUUUGCUUGAUGAUGAAGAGGAUUGUUUACUUGACCAUGUUGAGUAGGAUAUUUGUUAUUUUAAUCAAUAUCUUGAUACCAUCACCAAACCUGCAUCACCUGUUUGACCACUUGACAGAUAUAUUGUUUCCCAGCACCAAUAAAUGAAUUAUUAUUUAUGUUUAUUCAUAAUAAAUUGUUUAUAUGGAAAUCUUAGUUUUGCAUUUGUUUUUGCAAAAUGAAUCCCAAAUCAAUGUUACGUUUUGGAGACCUUUGUAAAAUUUCUCAAAGUUUUAUUGUCUUGUGAUAUUCUUGAAAAACUGUGGCAAAUUUAAUUAUAUGUUUGUGUAGGUUCAUAAUGAAAACACUGUUAUAGUCCGGUAUCAUCCUGCUGUAAAUACUUGUAUACAAAACAUGAAUAUAUUCCAAUGCCAAGGAAGAACACUU